AAGAAGAAAAAUAAGAAGAAGAAGAUCCAUGUUCCUUGACGACACCAUCACUCUUUACCUCUCUUCUUUUGGUAGUAGAUUUAUGAGGCGCAUUGAUUCCUUCGGCUACGCCUGUGUGUAUUAAUUUUGGAGCGCCAAGGUUGAUUUACAUGGGCUCGAAGACUCGCAAUGUGCCGGGCCGCCAGCCUCGUCACCCUCCUCCAGGGCUGCAACAGCAUGCGACGCCUCCGAAGAAUCCACGCUCAGGUCAUCGUCAGCGGCCUCCUCCGCAACCCCACCGUCUCCGCCAAGCUCCUCGCAUUCUGCGCCACCUCCACCGCCGGCGACCUCUCCUACGCCCGCCUCCUCUUCUCCCACCUCCCUCCCCCUCUCCACCUCGACCACUGGAACUCCCUCAUCCGCGGCUCCUCCCGCGGCCCCGCCCCUCUCGACUCCCUCCACCUCUACAACGCCGUGGCCCGGAGCUCCUCUGUUUCUCGCCCCGAUGCCGUCACCUUCUCCUUCCUCCUCAAGGCCUGCGAGCGCUCCAAGGCCGCCGCCAAGUGCCGCGAGGCCCACGGCUCGAUCGUCCGGAUCGGCUUCUCUUCUAGCGUCAUUGUCUGCACCAAUUUGACCCGUUGCUAUGCCGGGAACGGGCUCAUAGGCGACGCGAGGAAGGUGUUCGAUGAAAUUCCCGAGAGGGACCUGGUGUCCUGGAAUUCGAUGAUCGCCUGCUAUUGCCGUGCUGGUUUGCAUGAAGGGGCGUUGAAGAUAUAUGACGAAAUGAGGGUUCUGGGUGUUGGACUCGAUGAAUUCACCACCGUCGGGCUGCUUUCAUCUUGCGCUCAUGUUGGCGCAUUGAAUUUCGGUAUCCAGGUUCAAGAAUUCGCUGAGAAGAAUGGUUUCUUGGAAAGGAAUAUCUAUGUGGGCAAUGCGCUGGUUGACAUGCAUGCAAAAUGUGGUAGCUUGGAUGGAGCUCGCCGGGUUUUCGGUAGAAUGCGGAGGCGGGACGUCUUCACGUGGAACUCGAUGAUCGUUGGUUUGGGAGUUCACGGUCACGGCGAUGAGUCGAUCUCGUUCUUCCAAAGGAUGCUGAUGGCCGGAAUUCGGCCGAACUCGGUCUCGUUUCUUGGAUUGCUUAUGGGAUGCAGCCACCAAGGCCUAGUUGGUGAGGGUAUCAAAUAUUUUCAACUUAUGCAUUCCGAGUUCAAUUUACAGCCAGACCUCAAGCAUUAUGGAUGCAUGGUGGACAUGUUUGGCCGAGCGGGCGAGCUUGAUAGGGCUCUCCAAGUCAUAAGGAGUUCACCCUGCAGCGAUGAUCCUGUCCUGUGGCGUACGUUGUUAAGUGCUUGCAAGAUCCACAAGAAUGUUGAGAUGGGCGAGAUUGCCUUUAAAAAUCUUGCACACUUGUCAGCUCAGAAUGCCGGGGACUGUGCUCUUCUUGCUGGAAUCUAUGCCAGUGUAGGAGAUAGUCAAGGUGUUGCUAGGAUGAGGAAAAUGGUCAAGGAUCAGGGUAUUAAGACAACGCCGGGAUGGACCUGGAUCGAAGUCAAUGGUGAGGUGAGGAAAUUUGUCGUUGGUGACACUUCGCACCCUGAUACUAAAGAAAUCUAUGAAAAGCUGAAGGAGAUGGUUAGCCGAGCAGCUCCUCUGUGUUCUGCACCGGUCUCUUCAAAAGAAGAUGCCGCUGUAGAGGCGUUGGAGGAGCUGUCUGAGAAUGGUGGGGACUGUCAUAGCGAGAUGCUAGCAAUUGCUUGUGGGCUGAUGAAAACUUCUGAAGGGACGAGUCUUCGAAUUGUGAAGAAUUUAAGGGUAUGUAAGGAUUGCCAUUCGCUUACGAAGAUGGUGUCGAGAGUUUAUGGUCGGGAAAUCAUGGUAAGGGACCGGGUGCGGUUUCAUCAUUUCAAGGAUGGGUCCUGUUCUUGUAGUGAUUAUUGGUGAAAAUUUGUUGCGGUUAUAAUUAUGCAGUUUUUCCAGAAAUCAAUCGCAGCUUAGUGAUGAGAGUUGGAAGGCCCCAUGAACAACCAAGGGGCACAUGCAGUAACAUUUCAUACACCUUGUCACAAUGUAAAAGACAAAGGAGAGCCUUUCUCACUCAAAGACUUCAGCUACUUAAAAAUCUCUGAUAUCAUCACCAGAGGUUGGACUACCUUGAAAGGAUCUUUCCAAGAGUGGGUUGAUUGUGUCAAAGGGGCGAUAAGGAGCUUCAGACUGCUGAAUGGUUCGCUACUUGAGAGAUAAAGUGCAGAUUCAUCAAUUGGUUGUUUGUUCUUUUUGAAUACCGUUCAAUAAUGCUCAUCUUGUAACAAGAUUGUAACUUUAUGGAUAUUUGAUGUUCCAGAAAACAAAAUGAAUAUUUCAUGACUUUUCCUUAUGACAAUUUUGCCAAAGAAGAUUCUGAUAUUACAAUUUUAU